CUCCUUCACAACUCACAAACCACCCAAACAAGAAGUUCUCCUCUUGAAGUUGUACUUCAAAUUUUCUCACUCAGAAAAGCUGAAAAUCAGAAUGAGUUCGUCAAGCAGAGCUUGGUUAGUGGCUGCAAGCAUUGGGGCAGUGGAGGCACUGAAAGAUCAGGGCUUCUGCCGAUGGAAUUACGCCUUGAGGCUUCUGCAACAGCAUGCCAAGAACAAUCUCAGAUCCUACACUACUCAGGGCCAGAAGCUGUGCGGACCCUCUUCUACGGUGAUUUCCAAUAAGAUGAGAGAAGAAAAACUGAAGCAGUCUGAGGAGUCGCUUAGGAAAGUGAUGUAUUUGAGCUGUUGGGGUCCCAAUUGAGGAUAAUUACCCCCAAAAUUGUGUACAUAUUGAUUCUUAAAUGAUGAUGAUGACGAAAGUUUUUAACUCUUGAAGUUCUGGGACUGGUUUCUCAAAAUCUCCCCAUUGUUACUUGAUGCCUCUGACUUUUCAUAAAUCUUAACAUGUUCUC